GAUACAGUUUCCCUCUGAGUGGCUCUGUGUAACUCUGGCAGGGCAUUGUAGUGGAGUAUUCGCACUGGGACUGCGGCUGGCGGAUUAACCCGGGGAGAGCUACAGACACACGCACCGCGCAGACACGCACACACACACACACGCGCGCGCUGCUCACACACCCGUGGAGUGACACAGGGAGCACCUUUCGCCUUCCUCCUCACUUUCUGCAAUGCCCGCGCGGUCGCCUCUGUCCUGGGAGAGCUAAGCGUUCAGUUCCAGUUUCCGUGGAAACAUGUUGAGGUGCAUACUACAGCGCGCCAAUAACCUGCGCAAUUUGGAGAAGGGUGACCGGCAGAGUGACCCCCUUGCCAGCGUCACCUUCCGAGGGUCCAAGAAGAAGACAAAAGUCAUCAAGAAUAAUGUGAACCCAGUGUGGAAUGAGGGGUUCGAAUGGGACCUCAAGGGUGUGCCGCUGGACUCUGGGGCGGAGCUCCACGUGGUGGUGAAGGACCAUGAGAAAAUGGGCAGGAACAGGUUCCUGGGAGAGUGCAGGGUGUCCUUACGCGAUGUUCUCAACUCUCCCACUCUGUCGGGCUCCUUCACUGUGUCCCUGCUGGACACCAAGAAGAACAACACAGGCGCCACAGUCAGCCUGCAGGUUUCCUACAUCCCUCCCCCGGGAAUGGCGCCCAUAUUCCAGCCACCACCUCAGCCCGAGGCCCAGCAUGCCCCAGUGGAGCUGGACACUGUGACAGUCUUCUCUUUAGACACUAUGGGGGAGGAGGACACUGAGAGCAUGGUCAUGGUGGAGGCGGCUGAGGAACCUGAGCCUGUGCCUGGCCCCCAGGGAACGGACACACCCACUGCCCCGCCCAAGAGGGCCCCCCCAAACCUCAUGCAGGGUGCCAAGAAGAAGAAGCGCCAUGCCAACAAAGCCCCUCUCCCCAACAAGCCUCAGGACUUCCAGAUACGAGUACGGAUUAUUGAAGGGAGGCAGUUGCCAGGUGUCAACAUAAAACCAGUUGUCAAGGUUACAGUUGGGGGACAGACCAAAAGAACUCGAAUCAGAAAAGGCAACAAUCCCUUCUUUGAUGAGACAUUCUUCCUGAACUUUUUCGAGACACCUUCUGAUCUCUUUGAUGAGCCAAUAUUCGUUACAGUGUUUGACUCAAAGUCUCUGCGCACUGACUCGGUGAUCGGAGAAUUCAAGCUGGAUGUUGGCACAGUAUACGCAGAGAGCAGACAUGCCUUCCUCAGGAAGUGGCUCCUGCUCUCUGACCCGGACGACCUCUCUGCGGGGGCCAGAGGUUACCUGAAGGUCAGCCUGUUUGUGCUGGCCGCUGGAGAUGAGGCUCCGGUGGAGAAGAAGGAGGGGGUGGAGGAAAAAGAGGACAUCGAGGGGAACCUACUGCGCCCCGCUGGACUCGCCCUUAGGGGGGCGAUCUUCACCCUCAAAGUGUUUCGGGCGGAGGACCUGCCCCAGAUGGACGAUGCCUUCAUGGAUGGGAUGAAGCAGAUUCUGGGCUUUGACAGCAACAGGAAGAACCUGGUGGACCCCAUGGUGGAAGUUACCUUUGCUGGCAAGACGAUCUACAGUAAGAUACUGGAGAAGAACGCCAACCCACAGUGGAACCAGAGCCUGACCCUCCCCAUCCGGUUUCCCUCCAUGUGUGAGAAGAUGAGAAUCCGUAUCCUUGACUGGGACCGGGCCAGUCAUAAUGAUGUCAUCGGGACCACCCAUCUGUACAUGUCCCGGGUUUCUGCCCCCGGAGGAGAGAUAGAAGAUGACUUGGCACCGAGGAUUCCCUCGAGCAUCAUGGACGACAGCCUAGGGUUCCUCCCCACCUUCGGUCCCUGCUUUGUCAACCUGUAUGGCAGCCCCCGUGAGUUCAGCACCUUCUCUGACCCCUACGAGACUCUCAACCUGGGCAAGGGGGAGGGAGUGGCCUACCGCGGGCGUGUCCUGCUGGAGCUCAGCACCAAGCUGACAGAGCGCGCGGAGCACAGGGUGGAGGACAUCCCUGCGGACGACCUGCUGGUGGUGGAGAAGUUCAUGAGGAAGAGGAAGUACUACCUCUUCGCCGCCUUCUACUCGGCGACUCUGCUGCAGGACGUGGACGAUGCCAUCCAGUUCGAGGUCAGCAUCGGGAACUAUGGCAACAAGUUUGACUACACCUGCCUCCCACUGGCCUCCACCACGCAGUACAGCCGCGCCGUCUUCGAUGGCUGUCACUACUACUACCUGCCCUGGGGCAACGUUAAGCCCGUGGUGGUGCUGUCCUCCGAGUGGGAGGACAUCCGGCCACGCAUCGAGGCCCUCAACAUGCUGCUGAGCAUUCUGGGAAAGCUGGAGUCUAACCUGGAGCGUGUGCAGCUGGAGCUGAAGGCAGGUGGAGAUCUGGAGGAGGUGGAGGACAAGGUGGUGCAGCUCCUGGAUGACGUCAUCACCGAUUGCAGCCAGGAUUUACCGUCCCUGGACAAGUGGCCGUGCGUGACCCCGCUGGACAGAGCCAUGCAGCACCUGCGCAAGAUCAACCUGCAGCAGAUCGAGCAGGCCGCGCUCACCCUCAAACACGGAGCCUCCACAGAGCUGGAGAACGUUCUGGAACAGGCCGAGGACUGGGCUCUGCGGCUGCGCAACAUGGCCGAGGAGCCGCAGAACAGCCUGCCGGACAUCGUGAUCUGGAUGCUGCAGGGGGAUCGCAGGGUAGCCUACCAUCGCAUCCCUGCCCACGAAGUCCUCUUCUCCCAGGAGAAUUGUGGGAAAAACUGCGGCAAACUGCAGACCAUCUUCAUGAAGUACCCCCAGAAUGGAGGAGCCAACGAUAAGAUUCCGGCGCAGAUUCGGGUGAGGGUAUGGUUCGGCCUGGCGGCUGACGCCAAAGACUUCAACCGGUUCGCGGAGGGGAAGCUGUCCGUGUUCGCCGAGACGUAUGAGAACCAGACCAAGCUGGCACUGGUGGGGAACUGGGGCACCACGGGACUGACGUAUCCCAAAUUCAGCGACGUCACCGGCCGGAUCAAGCUGCCCAAGGAGAGCUUCCGCCCGUCCCCUGGCUGGGCCUGGGCGGGAGACUGGUUCAUCAGCCCGGAGAAGACCCUGCUUUUUGACGUGGAUGCUGGUCACAUGACCUACAUGGAGGAAGUGUUUGAGAACCAGAUGCGGUUGCCUGGGGGACAGUGGAUCGGAAUGCCGGAGGGCUACACGGAUGUGAACGGAGAGAAGGCGGUGCCGAAGGACGAGGUGGAGUGUCCGGCCGGAUGGGUGUGGGAGGACGUGGAAUGGAGCGAGGACCUGAACCGGGCCGUGGACGACCAAGGCUGGGAGUACGGUCUGACCAUCCCCCCUGACCGCAGGCCCAAGUCCUGGGUCCCGGCGGAGAAGAUGUACCACACCAACCGUCGGCGCCGCUGGAUCCGGCUCCGGCGCCGGGACAUGCAGAAGACCGAGGCCCUCAGGAAGCAGCGCCCGGACGAGUUGGAGCGGGAGGGCUGGGAGUACGCCUCUCUGUUCGGCUGGAAGUUCCACCUCAAGCAGCGCAAGACCGACUCGUUCCGCCGUCGCCGUUGGCGAUGCCGCAUGGAGCCACUGGAGAAGGCCGGGCCGGCAGCCAUCUUUGCCCUGGAGUGCUCCCUGGCUAGCGUGACUGAUGACAAGAAUGAAGACAAGUCGGUGACGACAACGUUUGGGGUCAACCGGCCGACCAUCUCCUGCUUUUUUGACAAUGGCACUCGGUAUCACCUGCGCUGCUACCUGUACCAGGCCAGAGACCUCAUCGCCAUGGACAAAGACAGCUUCUCAGAUCCCUAUGCCAUCGUGUCCUUCCUCCACCAGAGCCAAAAGACUGUGACAAUCCGCAACACACUCAACCCCACCUGGGACCAGACCCUCAUUUUCUACGAGAUCGAGAUCUUCGGGGACCCCCAGGUCACAGAGGACAACCCUCCCGGCGUUGUGGUGGAGCUGUUCGACCAGGACACUUAUGGGGCGGAUGAGUUCAUGGGGCGGUGUGUGUGCCGGCCCUCCAUGUUGCCCUCCCCGCGCCUCGCCUGGUUCCCCGUUCAGAAGAAUGGCAAGUUCGCCGGGGAGCUACUGGCAGCGUUUGAGCUGAUCCGGAGAGAGAAGCCCGCGAUCCAUCACAUCCCUGGUCAGGAGGGUGAGUUCCUGUCUACCACCCACGCCCUGGAUGAGCUCGUCCUCCCGGCAUUCCUCUCUGAGAAUCUGCAGCAAUGGCCUGCGGACUCUGACCUGCCCUACCCACCCCCCCAGAGGGAGCCCAAUAUCUACAUGGUGCCCCAGGGCAUCAAGCCCGUGUUGCAGCGCACUGCCAUCGAGGUCCUGGCGUGGGGCGUGCGGAACCUGAAGAGCUACCAGCUGGCCAGCGUGACCUCCCCCAGCCUGCAGGUGGAGUGCGGCGGCCGCAUGGUGCAGUCCUGCGUCAUACGCAACGCCAAGAAGAAGCCCAACUUCGACGUCAACACGCUCUUCAUCGACGUGCGGCUGCCCCGCGAGGAGCUGUACAUGCCCCCCAUCGUGCUGAAGGUGAUCGAUAACCGGCAGUUUGGCAGGAAGCCCGUGGUAGGACAGUGCACCAUCCGCUCCCUGGAGGAGUUCCGCUGCCAGCCAGAGAGCCUGGAGAGAGACCCGGAGGAGGAGGAGCAGGACGACUUCUGCCAGACGCCUCGUGACGACGUGCUGAUCGACAUCGACGACAAGGAGCCCCUCAUCCCGGGACAGCUUGCAGAUGGUACCAGCUCUGCCAUUAUUAACAUCUCAACCUCUCGAUCCAGCCUCCAUGAAGAAGAGUUUAUGGACUGGUGGAGUAAGUUCUAUGCUUCCAUAGGUGAGAGGCACAAGUGUGGAACGUACCUGGAGAAGGGCUUCGACACACUGCAGGUGUAUGACAGAGAGCUGGAGAAGGUGGAGGGAUUCGGGGGGCUGGCAGAUUUCUGCCAGACGUUCAAACUGUACAGGGGGAAAACCCAGGACGAAAGCGAGGACCCCUCCAUUGUGGGGGAGUUCAAGGGAAUGUUUAAGAUCUACCCCCUCCCCGAUGACCCCUCCCUCCCCUCGCCCCCGCGGCAGUUCCGCCAGCUGCCCCCCAACGGCAUCGAGGAGUGCCUGGUGCGCGUCUACAUCAUCCAGGCCACAGGCCUCCAGCCCAAGGAUGCCAACGGCAAGUGUGACCCCUACGUGAAGAUAACUCUGGGGAAGAAGUCCGUCAAUGACCACGACAACUACAUCCCAUGCACACUGGACCCUGUGUUUGGAAAGAUGUUUGAUCUGACGUGCACUCUGCCGUUGGAGAAGGACCUGAGGAUCAUGCUGUACGAUUACGACCUGCUGUCUAAGGACGAGAAGAUUGGCGAGACCGUCAUCGACCUGGAGAACCGCUUCCUGUCCCGCUACGGCGGCCGCUGCGGGCUCCCCCAGUCCUACUGCCUCUCGGGGGUGAAUCAGUGGAGAGACCAGCAGAAACCCACUCAGCUCCUGAGGCAGCUGUGUGAGCGCAGGAACUACAGGCUGCCCGUGUACAAGCAGGACCGAGUGUUCUUCAGGGGACACGAGUACACCUCCGCCGACCUGGAUGAGGCGAAGCCGCCCAACCCUCACCUGGGGCCGGUGGAGGAGCGUCUGGCGCUGCUCAUCCUCCGCAGGCAGGGCCUGGUGCCUGAGCAUGUGGAGACACGCCCGCUCUACAGCCCGCUGCAGCCCGACAUCGAACAGGGAAGACUGCAGAUGUGGGUGGACCUCUUUCCCAAAUCUUUAGGGCCCCCAGGGCCCCCUUUCAACAUCUGUCCACGGAAAGCCAAGAAGUUCUUCCUGCGCUGUGUCGUCUGGAACACCAGUGAUGUCAUCCUGGAUGAUGUCAGUGUGACCGGGGAGAAGAUGAGUGACAUAUAUGUCAAAGGCUGGAUGCAGGGUCAUGAGGGGAACAAACAGAAGACCGAUGUGCACUACCGCUCCCUCGGCGGGGAGGGCAACUUCAACUGGAGGCUCCUGUUUCCCUUCCACUACCUGCCAGCCGAGCAGCUCUGCACCAUCGACAAGAAGGAGCACUUCUGGAGCCUGGAUAAAUCUGAGACCAAGAUCCCCCCGAAGCUCAUCAUCCAGAUCUGGGACAACGACAAGUUCUCCUUCGACGACUACCUUGGUUGCCUGGAGAUGGACCUGAAUCACAUGUUGAGACCCGCCAAGUCGGCGGAGAAGUGCGGUCUGGACAUUCUGUCGCAGCCGUCGGAGAAGCUGGUGUCGCUGUUCGAGCAGAAGACGGUGAAGGGCUGGUGGCCGUGCGUGUGCGAGAGCAACGGAGAGAAGACCGUCGCCGGGAAGGUGGAGAUGUCUCUGGAGAUUGUGUCAGAGCAGGAACAGGAAGAGAGGCCGGCAGGGCUGGGGAGAGAUGAACCCAACAUGAACCCCCACCUGGAAGAACCUCAGCGUCCAGAAACGUCCUUCCUGUGGUUCUCCUCUCCAUAUAAGACUUUAAAAUACAUCCUGUGGAGGAGGUUCAAAUGGGUCAUCAUCGCCUUCAUCAUCCUCUUCUUCCUCGUCCUCUUCCUCGGCAUCUUCCUCUACUCCUUCCCGAACUACGCUGCUAUGAAGCUGGUGAGCCCUUUCGGCGGAGGAGGAAGGGGAGACCAGUGAUUGUGGCCAGCCCUGGAGGGCGGGGACAGAGAGGGAGUCACGGCAACACUGCAUAUCAGAAAACCCCUCUGCUGAUGCUGUCUGCAACAUUCACUUUUUCCGUUUCAGUAAAAAGCAUAAACUUACCUUUUGAUUAGAGAACACAACUCUAACUCUCAGAACAGUAUAGCCUUCCAAACUGCAAUUUACAUAUGUACGUAUGUAUGUAUGUAUGUAUACAUAUAUAUAUACACAUGUGUGUAAAGGAAUAAUUAUCCUGCAUAGCUGCCCUUAUUUGCCACUCUGUGGGAUUAAUGUGUACUCAUACCUAUGCAAGCUGAGUAACGUGGGGACAGCGGACUCUGAGCCAGCAGGAAAAACACUUUGUGUGUGCACAUGC